AUGAAAGGGAAGCAGCAGAAUUCCAGCCAGAAAUUUCCGUUGAUUUCCGGAAUGCUACAACAAUUCCUUUCGCAGGGGAGAGAACCUAUCCUUAAUGGCUAUAAUGAUCAACAAAAUACGAAUCCUGAAGCACAUGGUUUGCCCAACACUUCAAGACAGGCUAAAUUAAGGCAAACUUUAGAACCCAACGCCGAUAUAGAACGCCUAUGCGAGAUCGCCGACGCAAUUAGAGAUACCACCUUUCCAGAUAUCGCCAAUAUUUUGGGAGAAAUUUACAAAAAGCUGGAGCAGGCACACAUAUAG